UCCCUGCUUUCUCGAUCCGCUGCCUCCCAACAGAGUCGCUCAUGAUGCCCAGGGCUUUGCGGAGACUGGUCCAUUUGGUGCUUUUCUGCCCUCUGUCCAAAGCCUUGCAGAGUCGUCUGCCAGCCAUCAAGGUGAAGUACCUUCUCCUGGCAUGGCUGGGCAUCCUCAUUGCCAGCUGGGUCAUCUACAUGCAGUAUGCCUCCUACUCUGAGCUCUGUCGGGGGCAUGUCUGCCAUAUGGUCAUUUGUGAUCACUACAGAAGGGGGAUAAUAUCAGGUUCAUCCUGCAAGGCAUUGUGUGACCAGAGAACUCUAACCCUGCAGCGUUGCAUGUCCACCUCCUCUACACAUCAGGUGUACAGUGGGCUGUGGAAAGAGAGACCUAUUGUGAUUAAGUGCAAUAUCGAGGAUCAAAUGAAGACUGAUGGGACUCCGGACUCUGUGCUGCGACAGGAGAUGAGCUUGUUUGACAAACCCACACGUGGAACCUCUAUGGAUGAAUUUAAAGAGAUGUUGCACAGUUUCCUAAAGGCUAACCUUGGUGAGCAGCCAUCCUUGAACACUUUGGUGGACAGGAUCAUUACUCUGGCUGAUGUCAACCAGGAUGGUAAAGUGUCUCUGGCAGAGGCCAAGUCUAUCUGGGCUCUUCUCCAGAUCAACGAGUUCCUCCUGAUGGUGGCGCUGCAGGAGAAGGAGCACACCCCUAAACUGCUAGGCUUCUGUGGAGAUCUGUAUGUGACAGAACGUGUGGGCCACAACUCCCUCUACAGGCUAGAGGUGCCUCAUUACCUGGAGGCUCUGGUCCCAGAGGCCUUGAGCUCCAGUCUGAACCACUGGCUCGCACCAGCAUGGCCUCGCAGGGCUCGUAUCACCAUCGGCCUGCUGGAGUUUGUGGAAGAAGUCUUCCAUGGCUCCUAUGGGAGUUUCCUAAUAUGUGAUGCCAGUCCUCGCCAUGUGGGCUACAAUGCAAAGUACGACUGCAAGAUGGCCAAUCUUCGCAGUGUGGCAUCAGAAGCAGUCGUGCGGGGAUAUUUGAGGGGGCGCCGCUGUGAGACUAACGCAGACUGUACUUAUGGCCGUGACUGCACUGCCACCUGUGAUCGACUAGUGAAGCAGUGUAAUACUGAGGUCGUACAGCCCAAUCUUGCCAAGGUGUGCAUGCUUCUACAGGAUUUCCUGCUUUUUGGAGCACCUUCAGAUCUCCGUGGGGAUCUUGAAAAGCAGCUACGCACAUGUGUGACACUCAGCGGUCUGGCAAGUCAGAUGGAGGUUCACCACUCACUAGUCCUUAACAACCUGAAGACACUACUGUGGAAGAAAAUUUCCAACACCCAGUACUCUUGAAAGCAGGUUAUCAUUAUUGAACCUGUAUUUCUACAUAAUGAGUUAAUUGUUACAUGAAAAUA